CUGUUUCUGUUUAUCCCGAAUAGCUAUGUGUACUCAAUCUAAAACACGUAUUCAAAGUACGUACAAUAGAUAAUACCAGUUUCCCAUGCUACCGCAUUUCUUUUCACUCAGGGAAAAGGGAAAAGAUAAGAGAGAAGAAGAAUCUUGAUUAUCUUUUUGAUCAUCAGUUAAGCACAUACAGAUUGUUUGCUUCUGUUCUUUUCAACUUGUAGAGUGAGAAGGGAUGUAAGAGAGAAUUCCUGAUGACCCUUUUCAGUUCAGCCGGAUAAACUGGUUGUUUUCAUAGAUCCAAGACUACUUGGAAAGCUAGUAGGUUCUUCCAGAUGCCCUUCCCCUUCUUCAUAGGCUUUGGCUUCCUCCUCACUCAUCAACAUGGAAACGUGCCUGAUUUUACACCUAUGUCCAGGUGUAUAGGGUUCAUCACACUUGUAGAAAAGUUCUUUUACUAGUUAAGAAAACAGAAGGCUAAGGAUAAAUGGAUGAGGGAAGUGAUUUUCGGAAAUGGGAUGAAUUAAUACCAGAUGCACUUGGGCUAAUAUUCAAGAAUCUUUCGCUUCUUGAGGUACUGACAGUAGUACCAAGAGUUUGCAAGUCGUGGGGAAGAGCAGUAAUGGGUCCUUAUUGUUGGCAAGAGAUAGACAUUGAGGAAUGGAGCACGAACCGCAAGCCUGAAAUUGUCGAUCGAAUGCUCCGGUUACUGAUCCCAAGAAGCUGCGGUUCACUCCGGAAACUCAGUUUCUCUGGUCUGGCAAGUGAUGAAAGCAUUUUCUUCAUAGCAAAUCAUGCUCAAUCUCUACAAACUUUGCGGCUGCCAAGAAGCAAAAUAAAUGAUUCAGUAAUGGAAAAGGCUGCCGGGAUGCUAUCCACUAUCACUUCCUUAGAUUUGAGUUACUGUAUCCAUAUAGGAGCUCCCGCCCUUGAAGCAAUCGGAAAGCACUGUAAAUCUCUCACUACCUUGCGACGAGUAAUGCACCCUGUAGAGGUGAUUGGCAAGCUUUCUCAAGACGAUGAAGCCCUGGCCAUUGCUGCUACAAUGCCGAGACUGAAGCAUCUAGAGAUAACCUACUUGCUUGUGGACACAUCCAGUGUCGUUGAGAUUCUUAAAAACUGUAACCAGCUCGAGCUGCUAGAUGUCCGAGGAUGUUGGAAUGUAAGUUUGGAUGAGGAGUUUAUGAAAAGAUUUCCUAGGUUAAAGGUUGUCGGACCCCUUGUCGAGGAUUAUUGUGAUAUGAAUAGGUGGGAUAGUUGCUCGGAUUAUUCAGGUUCUUCCGCUUACCUAGCUUGGGACUUUGUUGCGGGCGAUUAUGCUGAGAUGUCAGAUGAUUUCUGGGAAGACGAACAUCAGAUUGAGGAUGUUGAAAUGAGGUUCUACGAUGAUGUUAAUGUUGUGGAUGCUGGCUAUGAUUGGCCUCAAUCUCCUUAAGGUGUUAAAGUUCUCUCUCUCUCUCUCUCUCUCUCUCUCCCUCUCUCCAGCUUGUGCUUAUGGCACAUGUAAGUUUUCAAGUUUUCACGAGGUAUAAAUAUGUACGGAUUUGACUCUGUAUGUUUCUAAUGCUUGACUAACAAAGUGUUGGCAAUUACUUGAAUAAGAAAUGCUUGCCACUUCUGUUUUCAACUUCAUGCAUGUUUGUCGAUGGAACUCGUAUUUUGAAGAAUCAUAUAUAAUAGAAUUGAAUUUUCAUCGUUGUAGUGACCGAGUUCGAUGUUGCUAGCUUUUAUCGUGUUGUGAGGGGAGGAUGAGAAUACUGGGACACAAUAGUUUUAUUUUUUUUUGAGAGGGAGACAAUAGUAUUGUGCAUUCACAUAUGUAGACUUCGGAUCACUUGAAAGUAUUCUGUACCUGAAAUUCAAGAUUCAAAUGAUACUACAUCACAUGAUUUGAGUUGCAAAGGUUUCUUCCUAACAAGGUGGUCUGAACAAAUGAUAUGAAGAUGGAUGUGUUGUGAAAAUUUGACUCAGAUAUAAUGAGACAGGAUGCUAAA